CGGCGUCAUAAAGGGCCUCCGAGCGUGUCUCACAUGUGUCCUCCUCUGCCUUGUCUCGUCCUCUGCGGUCGUGGCUGUGAGGCGCUGCCCACUGCAGACUGAGCGGUGUAAAGAUCUCGCGAGAGUUCCGGGCGUUCGCUGUAUCUCGGCCGUGGCUUUGCAGCAGACAGAGGGAGAAGGCAGGCAGGCAGCAUCAUGGCGGACAGAGACAGUGGCAGCGAGCAGGGAGGAGCAGCGACGGGCCCAGGCUUCGGUCCCAUGCACCCGGCGACGGGAGGGGCGGGCUCGGCUUCCGGGCUCCAGCACGAGACACAAGAACUGGCGUCGAAGCGGGUUGACAUCCAGAACAAACGCUUCUACCUGGACGUGAAGCAGAACGCGAAAGGCCGCUUCUUAAAGAUAGCAGAAGUCGGGGCCGGCGGAAACAAGAGCCGCCUCACGCUCUCCAUGUCCGUGGCGGUCGAGUUCCGUGACUACUUGGGGGACUUCAUCGAACACUACGCCCAGCUGGGGCCGAGCAACCCGGCGCUGGUGCAAGACGAGCCCCGGAGAGCGCUGAAGAGCGAGUUCCUGGUGCGGGAGAAUCGGAAGUACUACAUGGAUCUGAAAGAGAACCAGAGGGGACGGUUCUUGAGGAUCCGACAGACCGUAAACCGGGGGCCCGGGUUGGGAUCCACGCAAGGCCAGACCAUCGCUCUGCCGGCGCAGGGACUUAUUGAGUUUCGUGACGCUUUGGCUAAACUUAUUGACGAUUACGGUGUGGAGGACGAGCCUGCGGAGCUGCCGGAGGGGUCGUCAUUGACUGUGGACAACAAGCGCUUUUUCUUCGACGUCGGAUCCAAUAAGUACGGGGUGUUCAUGCGGGUGAGCGAGGUGAAGCCGACGUACCGCAACUCCAUCACGGUGCCCUACAAAGUGUGGUCCAAAUUUGGGAAUACUUUCUGUAAAUACGCCGAGGAUAUGAAGAAGAUCCAGGAGAAACAGCGGGAGAAAAGGGCAAGCGAGCUGCAGCAACAAGAGGAGAUGCAGGCGGACGAUGGAGACGAGGAUUGAUAUAGAGAGAGAGAGAGGGAGCAAGAGGAGGAGGAGGGGGGGAAAGAAGAAGAAGGAGAAGAAGAAGAAGAAGAAAAAAAAAAACAUGCAAGAGUAAUGAAAAUAACAAGAGAAAUAUAAUUAAAAACUCUACUGUACAAAGAAAGAAAUCUAAAGAUUUAACUGUAAUGGUUUAACUCCAAGGGAGCAUCACCCACAAUAUAAGAAACCUCCACAACCUGACAGUUAUGACAUGUUGUCACUCAUCGCUGGAUGUUACCCCACUUAUCAACCAUUAAUACAGUAACAGGCUGCUAAACAAAGUAAUAACAUUAUAUUUGAACAUUGUUUCCUACUUGACAAACAAUAUUGAACUUGAGUGUUUAUUUCCCUUAUUAACAGAAAACUUUUGUACCAGUUAAAGCUAUUGUAAAAAAAAAAACAGAAAAAAAAAGAAGAAGAAAUGUCUGCAAUGUUCAACUGGAAUUAUUGCAGAGCACCGAGGAAAAGCCAGUUUCCUUUUUUUUUCCAUGUGAGCUAACGACUUCAGCACAAAUCAGAUAUUUUAAUUUUAAAAACCAAAAUUCAAAACACUUUGUAAAAGGUUGUCACGUGUACCUGCCAUCCUAUUUACCUUUACCUGUGAGUAGAGAUGUGUUUACACAUAAAUCAUAUGAGGGCUAGGCCUGAUUCAAAAAACUGGUUAGAUGUCAUGCAGUAUAAAAGGACCAUUUAGACAUUUUCAUCAAAUGAAAUAAGUGCUAUAUUUGUCGUGCAAUAUGCAUUGCAUAAAAAUCCAAUAUAUUGAACUGGUCAAUGGCUCUUGAUGACGUUUGCCAGAGGCAUUCAAAGAAAUAUUAAUAUUGUAAUUUUGUUUCAGUUGAAAUUGUUGCCAUGCGGAUGGAUAUAUUAUAGACUACCUUUGUGUCUCGUUGUUAAUGCAAAGUGUUCAUUUAAAAAAGGUACUAAAUGUGUAAUCGAUAGAGGAAAUGCAGUGACAACAUGUAGCAAAUGGCCUGAAUUGCAGUUACCCAACAACACAAACACUUUACAUACUGUGCUGAUUGGCUUUAGUGGUCUGAAAAAAAAAAAAAAAAAAAAAAAAGGGGGGGCAAAAUUCAGCAGAGCAUUAUUGGUUCGUACAUCUGAAACAUUUUGUGAUCUUGUUCAGUCAUAAAAGUCCAAAUGGUGCCAAGGAGUGCUGUUGCUGCAUGUUCAUCUGCACUAAGAUAGAUUUCGUUGGUUUCCCAAAAUAUUGGCUCAAGGACUCUUCCAUAUGUAUCUUUAUCUGCCUGUAGUGUACGAAUCUCAAGUUUCCGUACCGAGUGAUUUCCAUCCAGCGGCUUGGUGUAGUUGUAGUGGAAGUUGUUCCAUAGCGAGAUCGUGAAAGGAGUGACCUUGAGAACAGUAAUCGAAAUAUCACCGUCACAUUACGAGGAGGGCCACCGAGGAGCUCGGGAUAAGCCGAGGUGAAGAGGGUUCAACUCGCCCACUGGUGAACCUUCAGCAGCGUCUCGGUGGAUUCGCCCGUCCCUACGAGUUUUAAGACCCGAAGGUGUGACGUUCAGUGGGGCUACUUCGGACACUCAUUCAUGGCUCCACUUUAGAUCUGUACGCCCAUAUAUCUACGGGGUCGGGUGGGGGUGGGGGUUCUGUUUAGGUCUAAUUGUAAAUAUUUUGGCUGCCACACGGGAAACGACUGGUUUCCAAAACCAGUUCAGUCGCAUCUCAUAGAUGUGUGAUAGCAGUUUUAUAAACUCUGUCAGUAAACUCCAGAGAAACUGGCAACAAUCAGAUAAUGUCAGAUUUACCUCAGCAUCGAAUUCAAUGACUGCUCCCAAUGUUUAGAUUGACUGGAAACCAGCAAACCAGACAGUCCUUGACCACCUAUUUUUGGAGCCUCUGGUAUAAGUAUACCUGAAUGAUACCUGAUUGGGAGCGUCCUCUUCAGCAUAUAAACAACCUGGUGCCUUACACACUCCGCAUGCUUACACGCUGGCCUGGUGCUUUGGAUCGCAGUUUGGCUUCCUUUUCGUUAUCGUUUUUCCUCUCUCUCUUUCUUCCACCUGUUGUGCGUCCCAGCCCCCUUGUGUGCUAGUGCACGACUUGUGGUGCUAAAAAAGGGUUCGUUACAAUCUUUUUUUUUUUUUUUUUUUUUGCUCUGCUACCUUCCUUUCUUUCCUAACCUCAUUGCCAUCCCCUCUCUCCAGCCAUCCAGGUAUCGGCCUACAUGUAAACAUGGAAGGGGGUAGUCACCUAGAUGAUGCAGAGGAGUUAGCUCUUCACUAGCCUAGCGCAUUUAGCGGGGGAGAGCGGGGGCUGAUUGGGAACAUCAGUAGUAGCCUGAAAUAAUAUAAAUUAUUGUGGACAAGCCCCCCUUUUGAAAUGCUCGUUCUACGGCUUGGGUAGUUAUGUGUAUGUUGUGAGUCGCUCAAUUAAUGGGGAGCAGCAAGCAUGUCUUGUUUUUUUUUUUUGUUGUUUUUUUUGGUAGUUUUACCUUUUCAGCGUUAUUCCACGUUAUUUGUAAUUUUGGAAUGUUUUCGCCCACAAAAAAUAUAUCUAUUUUUUUUGUGCAACAUUUCAUCACUGUGUGCAAUAUCGUAUGUGCCAAUGGUGGCAAUAUAUGUAUAUCAAUUAAAUAUAUGAUUACUAUUUGAAAGCAUGUGGCUGAAUUCCAUGUUUAUUUCUCAUGAAGGAGUUGUAUGCCUUUAUUUGCACUCAAAGCUCCACUCUGGAGGAAAAUAUAGUAAACCAAGGUCUUAGCAGCCUGUUGGGUUAAGCAGUUCACAUAAGUACUUUAACUUGAAAUAGAACAAUGUCACUGCAAGUAUGCCUCUCUUUAGGAAAAGGGUAAACUUGGCUUAAUGGUUGGUUGAAGGUAGACUAUAAACACACAAUGCAGUUUUUGUGAAAAGGAAAACUUAAAAAAAAAAACAGUGAAAUCUCCAUUUUUAGCUUUAAGCUAAGAAAAGGUGCUUCAGUCCAAUUCUCAUUAAGGUGUAUGGUGAACUGUCUUCAGUGGUUGUUGUGUGUAGCACUUUGCUUUCCCAGGUUAAUGAAAUGCCUGACCAAUACUUGUUUAAAAUGAUCUCAACAAAGAAUGUCUCUUAAUUUUCCUUUAUUUUAUUUUUUUUAAAGAUAAAGAAGUAUUUGAUUUGCUCAUUUUGGUUUUGAUGCAUUAAAUAUAAUUUAUGUACAUUUGACAAAUUUCAAAAAUAAAUUUAAUUUACCCGAUGAGGGAAAAUCUACAUUCAAAAUGUAUGUGUUUUUUAUGUUUCGUUUUCUUGUUGGAGAAAAAAUAACCUUCUCAAAAUGUCUUCAAUUCACUGAUGAAAAGUAUGUUUAAUUUUGAUGUAGUGUUGUCCGCAAUGUCUGACUCUACAUUUACAAUGAUACUAAUUACUUAAGCUUAAUUUUACAGCCUUUAAAAUGCAAACUUUGCAAUGACAAGUUACUGAUGACUCAUGUCUUCUUAGCGAUUUCUACAUUAGUACUGUAUGUAUAAUACUGGGCUGUAAAAUAAAGCAUUAC